ACGCCGCUCAUUUUUUUUAUCAACAUGAAGUCCUCCUUUUUCACUGUAGCUCUCGGGCUUUCCAUCGGCGCACAGGCGCUACCUGCGCCCAAUAAUAAGGCUUCUACCCAAAGUCUUGCGCAAACCGUAGCGACACUGCAAACAUCUGGCGCUCAGUCACUCACCAAUAACGAGAUUUUAAGCUUGCUGAAUGCCUUAUCGUCCGGCGCUGCGACUCUUGUUCAGGGUGGCGCGGCCGCUGGGGGUGCCGCUGGUGAAGGUGGCGCGGCCGCUGGUGAAGGAGCCAAAGGGGAGGCUGCUGCUGGGGGAGAAGCUGCUGAAGGAGCAGAGGGUGAGAAAGAGAACGAAGUGGACUUGACAGGCGAAUUUGGAAAAGCCGUCGCAGUCGAAGGCGGUGACAUCAAGCAAGACAUUCUUUUUACCAAGAGCACUGUCGGUGCUUUUGAGUUCGAGUUCCAAUCCGCCGCUGCGGACUCUGUCACAGUGACCGAAAAGGAACCUGGCGGUGCCGCUCCGGCCGGAUUUGAGUUCCUCGAGUCAAAGACAUAUGCUGUAGCCCUCGCUGUUAGCAAAGGAGAGGGACUUACCCUUUCGAAGAUCGACUACAUCUUCGACGUUGCCAGCGCUGGGCUUGCAGGAAAGGACAUUACACAAUCGAAGGUCGGCAGACUGUGCCAGUCCGCUGGCGCAUUCGUUAUCUCCGAAUCGCUCGGAGAAGUCGAGUUUGAAGCCGAAGAGAAUGAAGUUACUCUCAACUUGAACAAGGCCGUCACGGCGGAGGCCGAGUGGGGAAUCUUUAUUCCAGUCGCCGCCGCCGCCGCAAGCAACGCCACUGCUGCUGAAGGAGCCAAAGGUGCCGGGGAGAAGGCCGCAGCAGGCGCAGCAGCAGGCGAAGCUAAGAAGGAAGCAAAGGCCAAGAUGGAGGGCAAGCGAUCCGUCAGGCUCUACUAG